CAACAUUCGCGCUACAACCGCGAACCCACAAUGUUGCAUCCAUUUCGUAGAUUCAGUUGAUUGAGUUGAAUUUUAGUUGAGUUGAUUGAAUUUCAAUUGUUUUCGGUUUCGAUAAAGUUAAGUUUGUUGGUUUUAGUGUUUUAAGACUGUGUGGUGUUAUGGACUAACAUAAUGUGGAGAUUGGUUUUCGUAUGCUUGUUUUCUUGGGCGGGCGGGCACAGCGGACGCGCGCCGCGGCAGGACCACCACGGACGAGGCUGGGACAUCCGGCUUGCCGUGCCGGGCAAGCCGGGGAACGACUACCCCACGCUCGGCAAUAUCCCAAGAACGACCUUCUCUUGCGCUGGUAGAAAACCAGGUUACUAUGCGGAUCAGGAGACAAACUGCCAAGCAUUCAGAGUGUGCACCGCGGGGUCAACCUACGGCUUCCAAUCCUUCCUCUGCCCCAACGGUACUCUGUUCAACCAAGCCGUUUUCGUCUGCGACUGGUGGAUGAACGUUAAAUGCGAAGCUUCACAGAAGUUUUUCAACAACAACGAAAAAUUCGGAAACCUCAAGCUUGGACCGCAACUUAUGAAAGAUAUCAAGAAAAUGAUUACGCAUCCCAUGAGAAACCCUAUCGAUAAAGGUAUCAUGAAAGGCAACCUUGUCGUUAUGCAAGACUAUAAGCCACCUUCCGGACAAUUAUUCCCCAACAGCGCUCUAAUAGCAAGUGUAGAUAGAACUCCUAGUAAUGUCUUCGUCCCACCAAAAAUCACACAACAAAACUUUGGACAGACCAAUUUUAUUAGAGACACGUCUUUCGCUGGUUCAACGCCGAGUCCCUCGUACAUACCGUUUGAUGUGCAGCUGACGCAGGCAGAUGCGGAAGUAUUCCAGCGGCAGCGGCAAAAUGGGCAACAGUGGCAAAGCGGCCAACAGUUUCAAAAUGGCCAACACUGGCAAAACGGCCAACAGUUGCAAAAUAGCCAACAGUGGCAAAACGGCCAACAGUUGCAAAAUAGCCAACAGUUGCAAAGUAGCCAACAGUGGCAAAACGGCCAACAGUUGCAAAAUAGCCAACAGUUGCAAAAUAACCAACAGUGGCAAAACGGCCAACAGUGGCAAAAUAACAGACAAAACUCACAAUCUGGAAAUCCGUUCGGUCGUCUGGUGCAACCUACUACUAGUACCAAUAACAAUGCUAACACAAUUCGUCAGAAUCAACUUAGUCAGACUCAACUGAACCCAGCACCAACUACUUAUAACCCACAGAAUUUCAACAAUCAAAGAAUACAGGGUAACAGACAAAACGCACAAUACACAGCCAAUAAAACUCCCGUACAAUGGAACAGUGGAAAACAAGCUGAAUUCGGAGUUUCUUUAACAAAGCAACAAUUCAAUCACAACUCAAAUCAAGCAAGUCAACAACAAAACUUAGGGUUCCCAAAAUUCUCAAGCGACGUUAAAGGUCGUGUGGGCAAUGAAGCCAAAGAGAAUCUGGUAAGUAACAAUGACAUACCAUCUACGGUCAUAACCAAAACAAUAACUGUUAAUCGAAUUAUUCAAGAACCCAAGACAGGCCAACCUAAAUCUCGAGUAGUGUUCAAAACUUGGAUUGUUAAACCCUCUAAAGCUGCCAAAUUAGUCGCGGAACCAACUGCAUACACGUAUAGUCGUCCUACUCCGCCAAUUAGUGAGCGACAAGUAGAAGCAAGCACUCCUUAUGUUUAUGAUAGACCGACCACCCCACCACCGCCUCCACCCUCACCAGCAAAAAUAGUUUCAGAACCAGACGAAUCUUAUGUUUACAAUAAACCCACAGUAGCGGCUAAGAUAGUAUCAGAGCAAGACGAACCGUAUGUUUAUAAUACACCAACAGUGGCGGCUAAGGUAAGGUCAACUGUUAGACAAUUGCCUCGAGUAACAGAAGCAGAAGAGCCAUAUGUUUACAACAAGCCGACAGCUGCAGUUAAAAUAGUAUCAACGGUUAGACAAGUUCCUCGCGCGUACCUUCCUCCAACUACACCAGCUCCAACAGUAGCUAGAUUAUACCAACCACCGACUACAGUAGAACCAACCAAACCCUCCCGUCUUUACUUAACUCCAACUACGUUCAAUCCACUAGAAAGAAUAUACUUACCGCCAUCUCAACCUGCACCUUUUAGACAAUACUUAACACCCAAUCCAGACAUUCAAACUCCUUUCUCUCAAAAUGAGAAACUUAUUGCCGCUCCGACCUCACCUUCGCCCGUCUAUGUUGCUCCAACUAAAGAGAUUUUUACUCAACCAUCUUUUACCCUCACUAAGCACUCCCGUAUUAACACAAACCAUAACAAUUUGACAUUUUCAGAUAUACUAACUAAGGAAAAACUUGAUAUAACAGUUAAUGACAUAGUCAAAGACACCAGUAAAAUCCUUAAAUCUGCUUCUAAUGAACAGUUUGGUAGACUCACCCAAGAUUUGAAUUCAGUUGACUAUCCUGAAGAGAGUGCCUAUUUACCGCCAGAUUCCAAUCCAUCGAGUAAAGAGAGUCUAACUCCGUCAACCUUACCAGAUACAGCAAAAAGUUCUCGUCUCACCCAAGCUCCAUUAAAAGACUUAGAACCUCCACUAGAAACCCCCAAUGAUGUUCAAAACACUAAUCAGCUCUCUAAUCUACCUUUUUUUAAACAACCCACGAACACCAUCGAACGAACAGUCUCUUUGAAAAUCUCUAUUCCAGAAAACGUAGCGUCGUACCUUUUUAAAAAUACUAAUGAUAGUGACUUGGAUAGGUUAGAGAUACUCAACACAGGAAGUAGCAAUUAUUUAGUCCUCACUAACCAACUAGCCACGAGUACCACUCCUACUUUCAUUCCAAUCGGUAAACUGAUAGCAGAUAAAAAUUCAUCUCUUUCAAAUUCACAGGCACUGGUGUUCUCUUUACUGGCUAACUCUAUCAAUGCGGCCAAGGCAUACGGCAACAUCGCACAACAAAACGCACUAUCAGCAACACCCACACAACCACAGUUCCAGAACGUCAACGAAGAGGAGCUAGCUCGCAUCACAAACCAAAUAUCACAACUCACGUCAUCUCAGUACUCUGGCAAUAAUCAAAAUGGCAAUCUUGGCAAUGCAAAGAUUGUAUCCACUUCUCAAACUACCACAUCGAAUUCCGGAACUCAACAGGCACCAACGCAAUUCACAAAUAACUUAGUACAAAACAGUGGACAAAGCGGACAGUUAAACGUAGCACCACAACAAAGCGGCAGUUUCUACUCAUCACAAUUCCAAUUCGGAAAUGGUUUCAGACCAGUGGUUUCUAAUGAUAAUCAGAACCAAGUAUAUAGCGGUCAACUAUACCAACUCCCGGUUCCACAAGUAACUGAGCAGAUCUACAACAAGGGAAGUCCAGCGAAGCUUGUUCAAGCCGACAAUGUUAACAAUUUUGCAACUGAAGCUGAACACCUCUACACCAAUCAACAUUCAAAUGCACAAAAUAACAUUAACCAGUCUAAACAGUCAAGUGCAGAAGUUGAAAUAGUACAAUCACACAGUUUACCCGUGCCAAGCCCAGCGAAGUUGCAAGUCGCACCAGACGAAGCUAAUUUCAACAGCCAAGAAUCUUCACAAGCUUUCAUUAACAAUUUUUUAAAUAGCGAAGGAAUAUCGGCUCAAGUGCAGGAUAAUAUUAUCGGGACAAUACCGCAUCCUUUAGAGAAAAAUAAACUUGUGACGUAUAAAAAAGAUCAAUCAUACUCUUUUUACACGAGGUUGGAUGGCAAUGGUCUAGACCAACCAACACCGAGUGGCAGAAAUCCACAACUCAAUGCAGGGAGCCAACAGAAUGCCAAACUUAUACAGGCAAAUGAUGAUAUUUACCAAUUAAUCCCAUCUGUCGGUUACCAACUGGAGGAUGAAAAAGAGCAAGAGAAAAUACUUAACGCUUUUAAUAUUAACGAAUUUGGAAGUCCUAAAUCAGAAAACAACAACAAUAACGAAGGGUACAUACUUCCAACCCCUGCUAAUCGCAGAAGUGAUGUCCUUACCACUAAUGUAGAUUUUUCUGUGACACAUCCCUUUGCAAAGCAACUUCUCGUUCAAAGAAAACCUAAUGCUAUUUAUGAUGGGCCUUCGUCAUACUCAGCUCCUCAAGGAUCAAUAGGCUUUUUAGAUACAAGGCAACAGAUUUUGCAGAACCAAAAUUUAAAUGCUAGGUUAGAACAAUUUGAUAUUAAUAGUAAUGGCAAUGGAUAUCCUCCAAAUUCUCAAAGACAGUUUGGAUACUAAGUUACUUUCCUGCAAUGAUGCAUUCUUGCCAAGCAUAGGGAUGGUCCCUGGAAGUUUACUAUUUCACUAACAGAUUGUUGCCACAUCACUGCAUCCCUAUCGUUUGGCUGUUCGUUUGCUCGGUGUGGACGCAUCUUCAUAAAAAAAAGACUUCCUUAGUAUAAAAGUAAGAUAAGUAUACAUGUAAAUAUGCGAAGUAAAUUAUAACGAAAUA